GGGAAGCACCGGAUUAGUUGCUCUGUGCCAUCCUUUUCAGGUCAGGAGGGCUGCCGAUUCUUUUGCUUUCUGAAUUGAGGACAACUUCAAAUCAUCAACAAUCUGGGAAUUCUAGGUUCUGUGCAUUGCUGCAGAUGAGGCUGUUGGUACUUUUGGGAAGAGGCAAAUGGACCAGGGCAGUGGCUUUUCCGCAUUUUAAAGGCUCAUGGAUGUUUUUGGACCUUUCACUGUAUUUGGAAAUGCGAUUUUCACAUACAAGCUAAGGGAGCAAUGAUGUUCCCCUCAGGUGUCAUCACCUCUGCUUUGUCACUUCACUAGAUGGCGACUACCUCAAAUCAUGUUUAUGAUCAAAACUUGGACAUUAUCUUGUGAAGUUGUGACUUCUCUGGAAUCCUUAAACGGGUUUAUUCAAUGAUGCUGUAGAAUUGGUGGCGAGUGCAGUUAUGUCACGGCUCCUCUGAGGCAUCUUCAGACUGCUUACCUGUGAGCCAGAAACUCCGAAGUGUGAUGGGUAGAAUGAGACCUCACGUUCUGAUGGGUUGGUGGACUUAAACUCUAGGUACUACAACAACUGCACUGGAACCCCACGUAAAUUCUGAAAGGUAAGUGGGGGGCAGGGGGAAGAUUUAAAUGGUGUUAAUAACAGAGGAGCAAGAGAAAGAUUCAAAGAUUCAAGAGAAUGGAGUGGCUGGAAGGAUUGGAGCUAUUGACUCUGAGUACAGAGCUGACAAAGUGGCUGCAGGUCCACCCACCAUGUCAAUCAGUGAGGUUGACGAAAAUGGAGAAGAGUGUGAGGUUGAAGUUGACUACAUGCAAAACUAUUGGGAGGAUGAGGAUGAUGUCUAUCAGGAGUUUGAGGAAUUGGACUUUGAGGCCUUGCCGGAUCACCCAGACACACGAAGCAUCACCUCAGAUGAUUCGUUCUAUCCCCCGGACAAUGCUGUCAUCACCCGAAUGUACCGCUCGCCAAGCCCCGAAAGCCCUGAACCCAUCUCCUUUUUCAAGGCCUGCUGCAAUAACAACGCCAUCAUUGUCAAGAUUAUGAUCAGACAAGGAAUCACCAAAGAAGAAGUCAAGGAAACAGACCGGAAUGGAAGAUCGGGCCUUAUCGUGGCGUGCUACCGUGGGUAUGUGGAUGUGGUCAUGGGCCUGUCUCACUGCCAGUACCUGGACGUCAACUGGCAGGACAAUGAGGGCAACACCGCCCUGAUAACUGCUGCACAAGCAGGUUACAUGAUGAUCACCAGCUACCUUCUGAAUUACUUCCCUGGUUUGGACAUCGAGAGGAGGAACUGUCACGGCUUCACGGCUCUGAUGAAGGCUGCCAUGCAGGGCCGGUCCCAGUGCGUCAGAGCCCUCAUGCUGGCAGGAGGUGAUAUCCAGGCUCGGGACCACGGCCGCAGAAUGACCCCCAAGCAGUGGGCCCUCUUCACCGGUCGAUAUGAGACGGCCUACAUGAUGGAUCGGCUCAUGUCAAACCCCUGUGCCGAGCAAUUCUGCGACUCCUUUCCCCUGGAGUGGCCCAUGUUGGAGGACCUGGUGCUCCAGGCCCAAGAACCAAAGGGCUGCUGGCGGGGUCUGAUCAACCACCUGUCCUGCUGCCACUACAGGUUCUACAUCAGCAACAAGGUCAACCCCGUGGACGACGGGGUCCUGGAACACAUGGUCCGCGUCACCACCGGCAUCUCCAGCCCCCUGAUCGCCACCGCGUGCCAAACCGUGUGCCCGGGCAGCCCGCCCUGCGUGGGCAAGCGCCGCCCCGCCGUGCAGGAGAUCCUGAGGAGGCAACGGGUGGCCGAGCUCAAGCGCCUGGGUCCGGAGCGGCUCAACAAGUACAAGAUAUUCUUCCAGAACUCCCGGGUGCUCCUCAUUCCCAAGUCGCAGGACCGCAGGGCCAGCCUGCAGCCGCAGCUGCUCAGCGAGGUGGCCGCCGCCUCCACGGCCGCCGUCCGGCGGGCCAGCCUCCUGCCGCUCAACAUGCUGAGGAGGAGCAGCAUGCGCUCGGGCCUCGUGGUGCCAAAGGUGAGGCUCUGCAAGGCCCCGCCCGCGAGCUUCGUCCCCGAGAAUCUCAGAAGAAGCAAAAACCAGAACCAGCUCCAGAUCCCCAAGUGGGACUACAAAAUGAAGAAAAUCGAGAGGAAGCAGGAGGAAGAGAGGCAACGAAUGCUAUCUCUGAUGAAAAGGAGAUAAAGGAUGGGAGGAAGAAUACGAAGCAGGAUGUGACUUCAAAGUGUCUUUUUAAAAAAAAAAACUGGCUUUGCAGAGAGGCUGAACCAUUAUUAUACAAUCAGACAAAAACUUUUCAUUUUUGUUAAGUUCUUAAACCUUUUUGGGUUUACUGCCUUGUUUUCUACAUGGAUUCACACACUUUCUUUGUGAGGUGCACUUUGAGCUGUGAUGUGGGCAAUAGAGGAUCAUGAAAAAAACAGAGAUAUAUUCAUUAUUUGCAAGGAUGUGUCCUCAAUAAAUCCCGUUCCUGUUGUCAGCUUUUACGGUGGCGUGUUGCAGUUAGCCUAACGCAUCCGGCGGAGGAACAGGUGGAGCCAAAGUGUCAGGGUGCUUUAAACAAGAUGCCCUCAAGCUGAGCAUCGCAACAUUUGCUGCUGGAGGAGGAGAGACCAGGCGGAUUUUACUGUGCGACACCAAAGCCAUCUUCAGAGAUUUUCAACCAUCAGUGUUUACAUUGUAUCAUACGCACACAAGGAUGCACAUUAGUGACCUGAUUCUCUGUCCUGUACACACUGCAGGAAUACAUUCUCUGGUUUGAUCUUAGUUUCAAAUGUACUGAGAACCGGGAGAAAAAGGAACAUUUGAAAUAUCAAGUUAAUGUGAGGUGUUUCAAAGGAGAGGAGAAGAAAGUGCCAUACAGUGGAAUGAUAUUUGCCAGAAGUGAACACUGAGAGGGAAGAAGUGGGCACUGAAAGGACAUCAGUCAGUGGGCUUUUAACAGGAUGAGGAGCUGCAUGCCAGCUGUUCCAGCAGACCUGAAUCUGGACGGGACCGCCCGGCCUGCCAGAGGACGUCCAGACGUCCAGACGUCCAUCUCCACUGGUAGCAGGUUCAACAGGUAUUUUCAACAAAGAGUUUGCAGCUGAGCCCAGGGGCCGGCUCACGCAGGCUUUGUGGGGAAGCUGAAAGGCAGAGCCUAAAAAUAAACAGCUUAGUUCUUUGCCGUGGCCCCGCUGAAUUCUGUGGUGAGCCAUUCUACUGUGUGACACCUGUUCUGUGAAUGCCGAGGAAGAUAAGAGGGCCAUUAUUAACCGUCUGCCUGGGGACUCAGUCAUUGUUGAAGUUCUGCUUUGAAACUGUAGUAAUGAAAAAAAAAACAAAGAAAAGAAGACAAAUGCUUUUCCAUGUCACUCAGUGAUGAAAAUCACAACAAGUAUGGUUCUUUGGUGAUGACAACUCUGGUCUGGAUGUAGACAUACGCAGAGCAUUGGAUAGCCAACCAAUAAGCAAAAAAUAAUAUCAAACAGACAACAUGUAAUGCAUUUGGAGUACUGAAGCACAUUAUCUGAAAUCAUCAUCUUCCAAAGUAACUUAGCAGUUUAUAAAAGUCUCGGCUGGUUUUAGUUGCAACUGAAAACACGGGCUUGUAAAAUUGUGCUCAGUUCUGGUGCCAAACACACUCAGGACCAAAUCAAAUCCCUGAUUCAAGGCUUUGAAAUGGUUCGAAAAACAAAAUGGCUGACUUUGCCCCUCUCAAAUGUUCCAACAUGUUUGAAUUACUUUGCUGUUUUUAAGUUAGGAGUUCUUCUAUUCAUGUGAAAGGAAUAAACAAGUGAAAUACUUUGAAAUAAUUACGAUACAUCGUCUUAAUUAAAAAAUAUAGAAUCAAUUAUGUUAAAAAAUUAAUAUUUCUAGGUGAUACUGCUUUAAAACAGAACGGCUGUCAUGGUUCUGAAUGUUCACUGAGCAUCUGUGUGUGCAGCAGAAUGUGAGACUCUGUGGGGACUCUUUCAUUUACACCUCCCAAAGGACCGUCUCUAAAACAUGUGAUAGCAUAUCAUCAUAUAGACAGCAGGGAAAAAGAAUGAUAUAUUUUUAAGUUUUGUUGUCAGAAAUUCAGUACAGGUUUACAAUGUAAAUGCUUCAGUCGGACAAGUUUGGCUAAUUGAACCUAAAAUAUUUCAUCGUUCUCUAAUGUUAAAACAGAAUGACAGUAAAACAAACAACUGAGCAAUUUACAAAACUCACGAAUUUAAUUUGGAAUUCCAUCUUCUAAGCUUUAGAGACUAAAUUCCUUUAAAAACGCCUCACAUUGCACUUUCCUGUUUAUGAGGAAUAUAUACACAUAAUACUUGAACGUUGCUGUAUUUGACUGUAUAAUGCUGAAUGUAACUGUGAUGCAUCUAAAAACACUGAUGUACUUUUUUUUUUUUACCACCGAUAUUGAAAGCUCAGCUGAAUUAAAGAGCUUACGCAUAAUUGUAAUGUUCUUUGAUUUUUGGGGAGUCGGUAAAGCGGGAUUUUUCACGCA